AUGCGAUUCGUCAUAUGCAAGGUGGUGAACGCUGCAUCUCUCUGCAUCGUGGCCGGCGCCCCCCAAUCCCCUCGAGUUCAGCUGUGCGGAAGGGGAAAACGCUCUCUUCAGCGGUUGGCAGCUUUGCAUAUGCAUGAGCAUGAACGCAUUUGGUCAGAAGAGGAGGGGAGCUUGUGCCGCCCGCGCUUGUGUCUGUGCCUGAGCCUGUGCCUGAGCCUAACGAGGGAUUGCUGA